CACCCGAAAAAGCGUUGAUAGCAACACAAAAAAGUAUGGCUGUCACGAUUGAUUUAACGCGAGGUGAAGUUACAGAAUUUAGCGGAUCAUCAGAAGAGGACAUAAACUAUGCAAAAACAUUUUGGCAGUCUGUUCAACUUCAGCCUCCUGUUGAAUCUCGAUUGGUAUCUAGUGACAUCAAACAGAGGUUGAGAGUUGCACCAUCCGCGUCACAAAGUGGAGCAAUGGUGCAUAUGUGGAAAGAUGAACCAAAAGAGGAGAGAGCAACUAGAGAAUUUCUAAUGAGAGCUCAAACAAUGGAGAAAUUAGAGGAAUAUGAAAGGAUGCAAAAGUUUGCUAAAGCAAUGGAGGAAGAUAAGCAGUUAGUGAAAAAACACAGGGAAGACAGAAUAAAGAAAGAAGAAAUUUCUAGGGGUAAAAGUACUAAUGGAAAGAAGAAAGUUAAGGAAGCAUUUGUAGAAAAUGACAUUGACAAUCCUGAUGAGGAAACAAAUGAAGAUGCUCUAAGACAAUUAGAUCAGUUUGAUAAAAACAAAUUCGGUGAAGAUUCAGACUCAGAUUAGUACUAGUACAGCUGGGUUUUUUUAAAUUUAUUUAUACUUAUUGUGAUAUUUCCUUGCAUUGUAUUCUAUGUACUUGUUGAUUUUAAAUUGUAUGAAUAAAUUAAAAGUAGGAAGAGAA